AUGGUGUCGCAAUUGUUUGAAGAAAAGGCCAAGGCUGUUAACGAGUUACCAACUAAACCAGACACGGAUGAGUUGUUGAAGCUGUACGGUCUGUACAAACAAGCUACGGUCGGUGACAAUGACAAGGAAAAGCCAGGUAUCUUCAACAUGAAGGACCGUUACAAGUGGGACGCCUGGGAGGAGUUGAAGGGGCUUUCCAAGGAAGACGCCGAGCAGCAGUACAUCGCCUUUGUCGAGGAGCUCAUCGCAAAGUACAGCUCCUGA